AUGCGUUUGUCAACCUCCGCGCUCGUGCUGGGCGCUGCCUCUUCGGCCAUCGGCCUGCAAGAGCAGCAGAUACUCGGCGGCGACUCCAAGCCUCUCGUCGAUAUCGACGUCAACGCCUGGACUAAGCCACUCGAGAAGUUCUUUGGCGAGAUCUCAUCAGAGGCCAAGGCUGUCUGGGACGAAGUCACGCUUCUUGCUCCCGACGCUGUCGAGGCUUUCAAGAAGCAGGUCCUUAUCCAGCCUAAGAAAGCCAACCGUCGACCCGAUGCCCACUGGGAUCACAUCGUCAAGGGUGCUGACGUCCAGUCCCUUUGGGUCGAGAAGAAUGGCGAGAAGCAUCGCGAGGUUGGCGGAAAGCUCGACAACUUCAACCUCCGCGCCAAGAAGGUCGACCCUUCAAAGCUCGGUGUUGACAAGGUCAAGCAGUACAGUGGUUAUCUCGACAAUGAGGAGGAGGACAAGCAUCUCUUCUACUGGUUCUUCGAGUCCCGUAACGACCCCAAGAACGACCCUGUCGUCCUCUGGCUUAACGGUGGCCCUGGCUGCUCUUCAUUGACUGGUCUCUUCCUUGAGCUUGGACCUGCUUCCAUCAACAAGAAGAUCGAGCUCGUCAACAACCCCGAGUCCUGGAACAACAAUGCUUCCGUCAUCUUCCUUGACCAGCCCGUCAAUGUAGGCUACUCCUACAGUGGUGGUUCCGUCAGCAACACUGUUGCUGCCGGCAAGGACAUCUAUGCUCUCCUCACCCUGUUCUUCCACCAGUUCCCCGAGUAUGCCAAGCAGGACUUCCACAUUGCUGGCGAGUCAUAUGCAGGCCACUACAUCCCUGUUGUCGCCAACGAGAUUGUCUCUCACGAUGACCGCAACAUCGGCUUCAAGAGCGUCCUCAUUGGCAAUGGCCUUACUGAUGGGUCCAUGGAUAACGCUCUGCCCCGCUGCCAGUCUCUAAUCAAGGGGUGCUACGAGUCCGGCAGUGCCUGGUCUUGUGUCCCCGCCAGCAUCUACUGCAACAACGCCAUGAUGGGCCCCUACCAGCGCACCGGCCAGAAUGUCUACGACAUUCGAGGCAAGUGUGAGGACAGCUCCAACCUCUGCUAUCCUGGCCUAGGUUACAUUGCCGACUACCUGAACCGCGAAGAGGUCAAGGAGGCUCUUGGUGUUGAGGUCAGCAGCUACGACAGCUGCAACAUGGACAUCAACCGAAACUUCCUCUUUGCUGGAGACUGGAUGCAGCCUUACCACCAGCUCGUCCCCAACGUUCUUGACAAGAUCCCCGUUCUCAUCUAUGCUGGCGAUGCCGACUUUAUCUGCAACUGGUUGGGUAACCAGGCAUGGACCGACAAGCUCCAGUGGUCUGGCCAGAAAGAUUUCAGCCACGCCAAGAUCAAGAACCUAGAGCAUGACGGCAAGGAGUACGGCAAGGUCAAGUCUAGCGGUAACUUCACCUUCAUGCAGAUCUAUGGUGCUGGCCACAUGGUGCCCAUGGACCAGCCCGAGGCUUCCUCUGAUUUCUUCAACCGCUGGCUAAGCGGAGAGUGGUUCUAA